AUGCGAAUCAACUCAAAAUACGCUAUGAAAAAACGACUUUACUACACAGCAGUUUCUUCGUAUACAUUGUGUUCCAAUAUCUACAAGAAAAUAAAAAUAUUUUCCCUAAACAAUAUAAUCCUCCGCCAGGAACAGGUUGACUGUGAUGCAGUAGCAAAAGUGCAGUUUGUAAGAUAUUUGAACAAACACUGCAAUGACCAACAUGGAUCAAGUAAAUGCGAAUUAACGUUUGAACUUUUGACAAUUGUAGACAAUAACGGCAACACCCUCCACAAAAUAACAAAAGCACAAGUCAAAACAGAUGUUCCCAUUUCCACGUCAAGCAGCACAAGUGAUAGCAUCAAAGAAACCAUACAGAUAACAGUUCCGACAGGAAGUGAUAUCUUCAUAUCGGCAACUGUUAAUCACAAGACUGAUGGUUACGUAGAUAGUGUGUCGGGGAAGAGUGCCCCUUUUCUGAAAGACGAAGAGUAUGACUCUGAUAAUUGGAGGCAACAAAGCCUCUCCUACGGAAGUACCCAACAGUUGACUUUUAAUUAUCAAAUUGUUAAGUGUAGCGAUCAUUUUACCGGAGUGAAAUGUGACAGAUGUGAAACAGAGAGCUGUAAAGCAGAGUGUGCUCCUGUUGAAGGUAAUUACACUUGUAACCCAGUUACAGGAGAGAAGAUCUGCAAACCGGGGAAGAUAGGAGUAAACUGUGACCAGUGUGAGGAUGGAAAUAAAGUUGGCGAAGAAUGUGACACCUGCAAGGCUGGUUUCACAGGAGAAGAGUGUGACAGAUGUGCCUCAAAUCAUUAUCCAAAGGGAAUCUGCACUGUUAUCUGCAAACCAGAAGAAAAUAAAUACAAGUGUCUGGACUCAGGGACUAAAGAGUGUCUAGGACACAGAACUGGUGAUGAAUGUGAAGAAUGUACGUUGAACUACUAUGGAGGGGACUGUGAGAACUUCUGUAAGAAUUCUACCAGCUUCACAUGUGAUCAGACAGGAAGUAAGAACUGCCGAACCAACUACUUCAACCCUGAAGAAGAGUGUGAAACACACUGUGACCCUACACAAGGUAGCUACACUUGUAACCCAGCCACAGGUGAACAGAUCUGUGAACCAGGAAAGACAGGUGACAACUGUGAGCAAUGUGAGAAUAACAAUAAAAUAGGAAGAGACUGUGACACUUGUAAGACUGGUUACACGGGAGAAGAGUGUGAUAGAUGUGUAAGGAAUUACUAUCCAGAGGGAACAUGCACCAAACAUUGUGAACCUGAGGGAGGAAAAUACACUUGUACAGAAUAUGGAGACAAAAAGUGUGUAGAAAACAGAAUUGGUGAAAAAUGUGGUAGUUGUAAACCUGAGUACUAUGGAAAUGAUUGCAAGACUCUUUGUGAACAUACUGAAUACUACAAAUGUGAUGAGGAAGGGAACAAGGUCUGUGAAGAGGGUUAUUAUCCUGACAAGGAUUGCAGUACAUUUUGUGAGGGGCUAGAAGGAAACUAUACAUGUAAUACAGUAACAGGAGAGAAGGUCUGUGAAGAAGGAAAGACAGGUUUUAACUGUGACCAGUGUGACAAUGGGAAACUUGGACACAACUGUGACAAAUGCGAGCAGCACUACUUCGGAGAGGAAUGCCAAAUAUUCUGUAAGUCACAAGAGCACUAUCGCUGCUCCCUUGAAGGUGAAAAACUCUGCGAAGAGCAUUACUUUGGAGGUCAAUGCCAGACAUUCUGCAAGCCAAAUGAGCUGUACAGCUGUUCCUAUGAAGGUUAUAAAGUUUGCUUUGAUAACACAACCAGCGUGGCACACAACUGUAGGACGCUAGAGGCUGAGAAGGUAGACGUG